AAGAUGGGCAGCAGUUUGACGCUGGUUGGGGCCCUCUGGGCUUUCCUAUCCUUUCUCACAGCAGUUGCCAGCUCAGCCAGUUACUUUGUGCCCUGUUGGCUUGUUGGUUCCCAGAUGGGGAAGCCGGUUUCAUUUGGCACCUUCCGACGGUGCACGUACCCAGCUCAGACGGAAGAGAGGCACCUGGUGAUGGUGGAAGAAUGUGGGAGGUAUGCCAGUUUUGGGGCUAUCCCCAGCUUAUCCUGGCAGAUCUGCACCAUAGUGACGGGAAUUGGCUGUGCCUUGCUGCUCCUGGUGGCGUUAGCAGCCAUCCUGGGUUGCUGUGUGGAAGAGCUCAUCUCUCGGAUGAUGGGACGCUUCAUGGGGGCAGCCCAGUUUGUAGGAGGGCUGUUGAUAAGCUCAGGCUGUGCUUUGUAUCCCUUAGGAUGGAACAGCCCAGAAAUACAGCAGACGUGUGGGAAUGCCUCCAAUCAAUUUCAGUUAGGAACCUGCAGACUUGGCUGGGCAUAUUACUGCAUGGGAGGUGGAGCAGCUGCAGCCAUGCUGAUCUGUACCUGGCUCUCGUGCUUCGCCGGAAAACAUCCCAAAUCCAUAAUGUUAGUGAAAAGCAUCAUGCAGAGUGCAAAUCCAUAUGGAGUAGAGCUCGAGUGCUGCCUUAAACAAUGA